GUCACGUGAACGCAGCAUCUCAGAGAGGUGGAGUGCUGAGUUACACCAUGUGCGCACUGGCUCGGAUAGUAGCUCCGCAGCCGCGCUUCCCCGCAGACACACACGCUUCACUCAUCGCUGCGCUCAGACGACACCGACCGACUGACCGGAGACCGACGAGGGACGAGACCAGAGCGGCGGCAAGAAGUGGCCUCAGUGCGACCUCUCAUCGAAGCUCCCCGUUCUCUCAGUGGCGCCCCCUGCUGUCCAGGCUGUGGCAUGAGCCUGUGUGGCAGGAAGGCGCUGACGUUGCUGAGCAGCGUGUUCGCUGUUUGCGGCCUGGGCCUGUUGGGCGUCGCCGUGAGCACCGACUACUGGCUCUACCUGGAGGAGGGCAUCAUCCUCCCCCUCAACCAGAGCACGGAGAUCCGCAUGUCGCUGCACUCCGGCCUCUGGAGGGUUUGUUUCUUGGCUGAGACACAACCUUCAGCGCACGUUUUGUCCCAGAGUAAACCAGGCGAGGAGAAAGGCCGGUGUUUUACCAUAGAGUACGUGAUGCCCACUAACGUCCAGAUGACCUCAGAGUCCACUGUCAGCGUCCUGAAGAUGAUACGCUCGGCCACGCCCUUCCCUCUGGUGAGCCUCUUCUUCAUGUUCAUCGGCUUUGUGCUGAGUAACAUCGGCCACAUCCGACCGCAUCGCACCAUCCUGGCCUUCGUCUCUGGCAUCUUCUUCAUCUUGUCGGGUCUGUCUCUGGUCGUCGGCCUCGUCCUGUACAUCUCCAACAUCAACGACGAAAUGCUGAACCGAACCAAAAGCAACGAGGCCUACUUCAGCUACAAGUAUGGCUGGUCUUUCGCCUUCGCUGCCAUCUCCUUCCUGCUCACUGAGACGGCCGGCGUGAUGUCGGUCUACCUGUUCAUGAAGCGCUACACAGCGGAGGAGAUGUACCGGCCCCACCAGGGCUUCUACCGCCCGCGCCUCAGCAACUGCUCCGACUACUCCGGCCAGUUCCUGCACCCAGACGCCUGGGCCGGCCGCGGCCGCAGCCCCUCCUCCAUCUCCUCCGAGGCCUCGCUGCAGAUGAACUCCGCCCACUACCCCGCGCUCCUCAAGUGCCCCGAGUACGAGCAGAUGUCCUCCUCGCCGUGCUGAGGCACAGGGUGCUGGUUGGGUUCUGUCUAGAUCCUUAAGAUUCGGCAAAAUCAAUUCAGUCACUACGAGCUCUUACUGUAAGUCUGACCCGGUCUUCCUGCCGCCCAUCCUGUAAUAGCACCUUUUGGCUCUGUGGAGCAUAACUCUGAGGUUAAAGGUCGACCUGUUUGCUUUAUAGUUUGCUAACCAGGGAGAAUUGAACCAAGAAUAGGCUACGGCCUGCUGAUCCAUCCAAGUGACUUUAGGAAGAAAGACAGUUUGAUUUAUUUCAGAAUUAUCAAUUCUCAAUUUGGUUAUAAGAUUGUUGUUUAUGUUGUGCAGCCAUCCGAUUUAUAAAAGAUGACACAUCUGCACCAGCUGCACACGAGCAUCCUCAGCGGUGACUAAUGAGGUCACUGUGUAGGGAACGUCCUGCUCAACCAGUUCGGACACAUUUAAUGACGCUGAGGAACAUGAAUGUGAAUAGAAACACAUUCCAACUGAUCAUUUUAUGACCAAACAGUGGCUUACUGUGCUGUACGUGUUGGGAGAGUUGCCCUCUGACCUCCCAUGUGACCCUCACCUCCGUGUGUACCGCGCAGAACACCACUGUUAUGUUACAACAGUAACUGAGUGGUGUUCUGGGACCUUUUGAGCUGUAAUGUGGGUGGAAAGCGUCACCUCCCUGCAUUAGCUAAUGUUACAUUAGGUCGACGCCAGAAAACAGGAGUAUUUACACCACCGUAAUAGUUGGUACGAAAGGCUGCUACGGUAGUUAAGACGCAUCAUCGGCCCAAAUCUUAUUAUUGUUACUCAGCAUUUAGAUAAAUCAUGUGAUUGUUAUUGUAUAUUUUGUACAGAAAAUAGACAAAACAUAACCUGUCUAGGCUUAUAUACUGUAUGAUCAGAGAACCUGAAACUCCGGUGUAUGAUUUUAUGCUUUUAACCUAAAUGAAAAUACUAAAAUAAGCAGUAGGAGCAUUUGUCACUUUUGACAGGUUGGUGGCACUUUAAAGCUCAGUAAUCGAUAAAUAGGAGCAGAUGUGAAUAAUUAAUAAAUAAAGUGGUUGUUCACUAAAGUAAUAACCAGAUGGUCAAUUGAUAUAAACAGUUGAUAAACUAGAGAUGGUUAUUAAAAAGUAACUAUAUAAAAAGUAUAUAAAAGUAAACGUAACUAUAUACUGUAUGCUAUAACAUGAAGAGUGAAGCAGCUGUUCAGUGUAUUUAGCCCCAGAAAGGAGGAGGUGGGACUGUGUGGAGAAUGUAAACGGUUCAGGUGGUAGGAUGUAGGAAAAAUACAUCUACGACAGACAGCGAUAUAGAACUUAAAAUAUAGAUACAUAUUUUUAUAAAUGAGCCCCUAAAAUGGAAAGAGAAUGCUGUUCAGCUUCAGUGCGAAAGUAUCAAGUAUAUACGUUUUAUAAGUGUAAGUAAACAUAUAAUUGCUGUAAACAUUUUGUGUUUGUGUAAUAAUUUAUCUUAGUUUAAUAUGUUACUAAAAUCCUAAUUAUUGCCAUUAUUUGUUGUUGCGUGCCGUGAUCCCCACAUGUAGUGGCAGCUUUCAUCACUGGAUUCAUGUGCCAUCUGCAGAACAUGUGAACACAGCCACGUAAACAUUCAUCGUGCCAGGUCUACAGGCAGGUCACAGGCUGCUGCGCUGACACACUGUACAUAGAAAAUCAUCACGUGUGUGUAGCCUCGUGAAGACAGCAGUAACCGUCGUGGAGUGGAUUUGCUGUGUAUGCAGUAUUUGUGGCAGCUGCUUUGCCUCCUUAACCAUUUUGAGAAUGUGAGCCUUUGCAUAACAUGCUUAUAUACAUAAAUGUAAAGUAUCCAGAUGGUGUCUGUGUCAUGAAAUGUCAAUUCUCCUGCAUUUUUACCAUCGGCCAUUUUCAUUAUCAUACAUGUGCAAUGAAGAAAUAAAUUUUUGAUUUGAUAAA